AUGGUCAAAAGAGAUACUUUUAGCGAAGAGGAGAAUAAAAUGUAUCAAGAUCUUUGGAAAUCUGCUAAAUCAAGAUUUAACAUUUUGUUUCAAAAUGGUUCAUUGUUAAAGAAUUAUGCCCAUGUUUUAGAAAUGUUAUUAAGAUUAAGACAAGCUUGUAACCAUCCAUUUUUAGCUUUAAAGAAUCAAAGCGGGGCCGGUAGUAAUAGUUUAAUGUCACCUUCGUUGGAUAGCAAGGAUGAUAGUGCUACCUCUGCUAUUGGCGGUAAUGAAAGUGAUUGGUCAUCAUUUUUAGAUUUUAUCAAUAAUAAUCCCAAUCAUUUUACUCCAUAUGAAUUAGGUAAAAAAUUAAAAAAGAUUUUAGGUAAAGGAAUCAAAGAUCAAGAAUGUACAAUUUGUUAUGAUACUUUAGAAAAUCCAUCAAUUACAACAUGCGGUCACUUUUUCUGUACAUCUUGUAUUCAAUCAAAUUUAAUAGCAGAUACCAAAAUCAAUUUCAACAUGUCACCUCAAUCUCCAUCAACAAUAACAACAACAUCUAUCUCAGCGUCUACAGGAGCAUUGUUAAUUAGUCCAUCUAGAUCCCAAACUGAAUCACCAAGAUAUAAAACAAAUGUAUUAAAUAUGUCCAGUAAUUGCGUUUCCAUCACACCCAACCCAUCUCCACAUUCUACCCCACCAAUGUCACCAAAAAUCAUAAAACCAUCAUCGACUAAUCUUGUAAAUUUAUCACCAAAGAGUUCAUAUGAAAAUGUACCAAUGUCAAAAAUUCAAAACAUCAACACAAUCAUUAGCAAUUUAAAUAGUUCAAUGGGCGAAAGUGAAAAAAUAUUCCUAUGUCCAAUAUGCAAGCAAUCAGUUAAAUAUAGCACAAUUAAAUCAAUUUCAUUUAAAAAUAAAAUCUAUGAUUAUCCAUUAUCACCAUCAAUCUCGCAUACUAGCCAUACAAACAGUCAUUCAGCUAAUAGUAGUAAUACAGGAAAUCACAACAGCAAUAGCAACAACAUUAAAAUAAAGAAACCUAUUUAUGAUUCAAGUAAUUGGAAAAGUAGUACUAAAAUUGAUUCAUUGCUUGAUGAAUUAAAUAAAGUAUUAAAGAACGAACCAGAUUCAAAAUGUUUAAUUUUCUCUCAAUGGACAUCAAUGUUAGAUUUAAUUGAAAUACCAUUAAAUAUCAACUCUAUGCCGUUUGUUAGAUUGGAUGGCAAAAUACCACAAAAACAAAGAGAAGUUGCAAUUAAAAGAUUUAAAGAAGAGCCAAGUAUCAAAAUAUUUUUAAUUUCAAUUAAAGCUGGUGGAUUGGGUUUAAAUUUAGUUGUUGCUUCACAUGUAUUUCUCUGUGACCCAUGGUGGAACCCUGCCACCGAAGAGCAAGCUAUAGAUCGUGUGUACCGUAUUGGUCAAAAUAAAAAUGUUAAUGUCAUUAGAUUCUUCAUUAAAGAUUCAAUCGAAGAAAAGAUCCUAGAGCUUCAGAAAUCUAAAAAAGAUUUAGCUAAAGAGGCAUUAACAAUGAAAAAACAACCACAACAAAGAAUCGAAGAACUUAAACUAUUAUUUGCUGAUUAA